AUGGCUACUCUUCAGGGAGCAGGGAUUCCUAGGGUCAAGCUAGAACCGGUACCUGACGAAAAUGUUAAGCUGGAACCCAUGGACGACACGCCGUCACCUUAUGUUGACGAGGAUGAGGACAUUUACGAGGACGCAGGAGACCUCGACUUUUCACAGGCGCAGCAACAACUAUGGCUCAGUCACAUUCCACGAACACUAUGGGAGACACUGUCAAAGCUACAAGACGACGACGAAAUCGAGAUUGGCAAAAUUAGGGUAGAAGGCCCAGAGUCGAAUCCAUCAAGGGUCAGCUUACUGUUGUACUCACUGCCAGCUUUCGAAAACGAACCCAAGGAGUACAACCUCUUCACCCCGCCACCCGAGAAACUGCGGUCGCGAAGACCCGGCCAGGCGUUAAUCUUCUCCGAGGAAGACUUACCGGGUUAUAGGCCCCGUACGUUUGCAUGGGAUGACAUUGAUGAGGAGGGCAAUCCCGGACAAGGCCGUUCAUUUCUCUACGAAAGACACAAGCGCGAACAAAAGAAGAAAGAGAAUAAAGAGAAGGGUCGUUACGUUCCGUACACGCGACGACCUAUACCGAAACAAACAGCCAUCACAGGCGCAAUUGCGAGAGAGUUCGAGGCCAUACCCGUCAAGAACGAUGAAUACCUUGUGCUCGAGAACAAGCAGGCGGCGGAGCUCCUCAAGGUCCCCGAACGAGAACAAGCCCUCUUUGCGACCGGCGAUUACGACCCAGAGAAGGUUAGCAGAUCGUUUAUGACGAUGAGCGAAAGACAAGCCAUGUUGAAGACCGUCCAAGCCAAGAAGCACGCCCAAAAGGAAACCCGAGCGGCACGCGUGGACAAGCACGUCCUCAUCGACAAGCUUUUGGACCUGUUCCGCCAACAUCGCAUCUGGGGUCUUCGCGACCUCAAAGCCAAAGUCAACCAACCCGAGGCGUAUCUCCGCGAAGCACUCACAGAGAUCGCGUUCAUGUGGAAAUCCGGCGACUUCAAUGGCAAAUGGGAGCUGAAGCAGGAAUUCAAGCAGCAGGACACCCUCCUGCAGAACCCCACGGGCGUGGAGGUCGCGCCAAAAGUCGAGGAUUCGGACAUGGAUACGAAGUCGGGUGUGGAGGACGAUGAAGAUGAUGUCUUUGAGGAUGUCGGAGUCGAUGGUUAG